AUGAAUGAACCACUGAUCAAGUCCCUGCGAGUUUCUCUAGAACCGCGUCUUGAGGCUGCCUCACUUGAUGUCUCUGAUCAAGGGGUCGAGAGAUAUGCUCCUAAACAGACACCAAAAGACAAACUUGCACGGCAGAUCCCAAAAGUGUGGGAAGAACGCCACUUCCCUACACUGACACUAGACUCUCUUGGCACAGCAGCAGCUGACACAACUGAUCAAGCAGAAAAGAAGGAGGAAGAGAAAGCACUUGGGCCGAAACGUCAUGAUGAAUUAGUACUUAUGAGACACCAUAUAAUAAAUGCUGUCGGAGAAUCGUCUAAUGAGAUGGGAGUUGGAAUAGGUCUGCUGAACGCUAUAUUAGCAAGCGUUAACCAAAAUUUCAAUCCUACAACUCCGCUACCAGUCGCAGCAGGAACAAUUGAUUAUCGUUAUCAAAAUCCACCAAAACCAAAUAAAGUUGCUCGGGUGCAGAAUGUCAAACUGAUAUUAGGAUCAAAGAGAAAGCAAUUACGUGGAGCAGCUGACAUGCUAUUAUCCAGAGCAGAGAAUCUUAAUGUUGUUGUAGAUAAUGAACGUACAUUCUGGUCAGAAGCGUUAUUGUUAAGGCAGAAUAAUUGGUGCAUGGGUGCUGGACUUGCUGGAAAGCAGAUAUCUGUAAAUUAUGGGUACCAUAAUGCUGGUUCACUAUAUGAAAAUCCAGUAUUUGCCCAGAUACUUAGAACGCCCGGGAGGAAACAAAUCGUGUUAUCAUUGCCGCAAAAACCAAGGAAAAUUGUAAAAGUACGACUAGAGCGAAGGUAUGAACACUCUCCCUUCAGAGGAGAGACUGACGCUAUUCAAGUGAAUUCCUCAUUCAAGAAUAACGCGCCUUCUGGAUUAGAAAUCCAUGAACAACUCCUUGCUGCUCAGUCUGCAAUAUUCGAAGCCGAGCUGUUUGACCAGAUAAGUCAGGAAGCAGGGACGUUGGCAGGCUCAAAAAUGAUAGAAAAUGAAAUUUCAAUUCCUGUAUAUGAUAAUAUCGAUUUGAUCAUCGAACGGGCUAGCUUAGUCACGGAUGAAAGUCAUCAAAUAGAACAGCCGAUAUCUCCAAUGCAGGAUAUACCACGUGUGGAAGAAUCAUCUACGUGUUCGAUUUUAAAACUGGCUAUGGAUCUGUUAUUGAGACGACACCAUCGACGAAAUAUUGAGAAACAGCAAAGACGCGUCUUAAGUGGUUGGAAAGACAGCCCAAGUACCGAAUCCCCAUCAUCAAACGAUCAAUAUAGGGCCAAGGAUCGCAACCCAUCUCCAUCCAUGACCGGACAAGUUCUCUCACAACCACUUCAUUUACUUAAGUAUUACUUCUUCUGCACGAGUGUACGCGAAAUUAUAACAAACACCACAAAGCCUCUACGGAAUGGAGGGUUUCCAGCGGAGAUACAUUGUCUCACUAGCUUAACUGGCGGUGCAGUGUUUGUUGAUGAUAUUUUGAAGAAGACCGGAGAACUGAUUGGUGCGAAAGUGUCUGAUGAAAGCGGGCGGAGAAGAGGUCUGGAGAAGGAAAGGAGAAAGGAUAGUAAAGAGGAACUGUUUGUUGGAACAUACAGCCUUCGUUUUAUGCUCGAGUCACCCUCAACGGUAGUGAUCCAUCUUCCGCAUGCCACCCUUCGAACGCGUGAAUUGAAUGAAUUUUCCGUGUUCCUUUCCCGCGAGUUUAGACAUUUGCUGCUAAAAAUAGUCUAUCGGGAACUGACUCAGUUGGCUAUCGCUGGUAGCGUGUGGGAAGGGGACUGGGUAGUGGAUAGAGCAGCAUUGAUUAUUUCGAGACAUAUUCCCAUUACACCAGUCACAAUUGAACAUAUGCCCAAAAGAGACAAGAACAGUAUUUGGAGGCGCCCUAUAGAAAUCACAAUAAGCCAUGAUAGUAGCUGUAGCAGGCUAGUGCUGCGCAUCACAUCAUUAGGGGCACCAAGAACGCUAGGAUGGAAUCCUGUAUGUCACGAGUUGGUCGUUGGAAGUCAUGAAAAUAUUUUUGGAAACAGCGGAAAGACGAACUUUGGUGCUAGGGUGAGAGAUUUCCUGAUAGGAAUAAAAUAG